ACGGACGAAUGACGGUGGAAAACGUCAAAACGGUGCGAAUCGUAGCAUUUGAUCCAUCUCAUCGCGCUGUGUAAUCCAGAAAUUAUUGUGUUCUUUGAACGUUCCAAUCGUUGAGUUAUUUCCCAAUUUCGCCCACGGCCAGGCCCCCAAAGGCUGGCGACAGGUCAUCAGGACUGUAUAAACAAAGCUCCGGAAAGGGCGCGACUCGGCGGAAACUGUUGACCACCACCGGCAGAACCGUUGUCACCAUUCCCGGCCAUGACGGAUUCGUUCUUUGGCUUCGAUACCUCGCUCCCGGUGGAGGAUGACGGAGGCGGAGGAAUCGGGGAACUGCCCAGGACGAUUCCGAGGAGGAGUACGAUGCCCUGAAUGAUGAGACGUUUGGGAUGGCCGCUCGGGAGGGUGACUGGGAGGGGCUGCAUGAGGAUUUGGUACGGAUGGACCAGCGGGAAGGGGGCGAUGGCGAUUCCGGGCCGGACUCCGAUCUGGACAUCAACUUCUCCGCCGUGAGGAUCGACAAUCUGGAGAUGAACGAUGACAACGAGUCGGAGGCGCGGCUGCAGUUGGAUCCGAGCGUGUGGACCAUGCCGAGUAAACCGGCGACUCCGAGGCCGGCAGCGAUUCCACCCAGCGCACCGAGAAUAGCCGGGCCGGCUUCGAUGCCCUUCCCUGGAUUUCCACCGAAUUUUUCCCUUCCGAAUCCUUCUCAGAUGCGCAUAUGUUCGGUGGAGGAAAUUGAACAGAACAUGAUCAAACAACAGGCUCAGCAACUGCAGCAACAUCCUCUGGUUCCGCCACGUCCUCCUCCGCAGCAGCAUGAAAACCUUCAGCACCAAUACCAUCAAAACUUAGGACUUGCUCGCCCUCCGCCAGGUUUCCCAACAGCACCUGCGCUGAUGAGCCAACCACCACUGACGAUACCGGUGAAUUUCCCUCCACCGUUGAAUAUGGGACCUCCGCCGCCUCUCCAUCUUCUCCAAACGAACAUCCCUCCUCCAGGAAGUGGUCCUCCGUUGUUUCCACUGAAUGUGCCUCCUCCGAACUUCCAGGAGCAGCAGAACCAUGCCAACUUUAACCAACGUCUGGUGCAGGAGAUUCAACAGAACCAUCCUCUGUUGGCCCAGCAUCGUCACCAUCAACAGCAACAUCAGCAAAAUCGCUACCAGCAGCACAACAAUCGUCAAAACUACCACCAACAACAGCAUCAGAAUCGGCAUCAAAACGGAAAGAUUAACCGUUCCGGAGAAUAUGACGAGUAUGCCAAUCUGAUGAGCGAACGGGACAAGCAGUGGCUGCUGGGAAUUCAACUGUCUCAGCUGAACAAGGACACUCCAUACUUCAACGAUUACUAUUUUUUGCGUGUUCCGUGACCGAAAGGAACGUCAGAAGGGUGAAAAUGAACGAGAAAGCAAGGCGCACAAGGACAACACGUUCUAUCAUCCCUUCACGCAGCAAAUGCUUCAGCGCAACGGGCUUAUCGGGCGGGAAAGACGAAACUCGGAAAAGAGCCAGGACAUCAAAGAAGUUCCCGCCAGGAAUUAUACUCCACUUCAGUUCGAAAACUCUCUUGGCAAGCUGCAGUGUGGCAGUGUGACCGCACCAAGGAAAAUCAUCGAUCAGGACGUGGUGGCUGAAUCGUCCACCAACACAGGAACUGCGGUCUCGUCCGAGGUUCUGUCACAGCGGAAGUCCAGACAAAUUUUACUGCAUG